CUCUCAGCAGGGACUUUGUCAGACCUCUUUUGGGAAGGGAGUGGCGUCAGCCCGUGGCCAAGUUUUCUCUACAUUCCUCUUGCUUAUUUUCAUUCUAGUCUUAGCUGUUAAACUGCUCUGAGGGAUGCCUGAUAUGCUAUAGAGUGAAGAGGCGGGGAUGGCUAUUUGAAGGAAGAAGGGAAGGGAAGGGAAUUGAUAGGACUUUAAAAGGUGAAGUGUAUUUCCAAAUCUUUUAACUCUAAAACUUCUGUUUCAAGGGGAAGCAAAAGAAAACAAGGAAGUAUGCGAUCAUGAAGCGAAUGCUUAGUCUCAGGGAUCAGAGGCUUAAAGAAAAGGACAGAUUGAAACCUAAAAAGAAAGAAAAGAAAGAUCCCAGCACAUUAAAGGAAAGAGAAGUCCCCCAGCACCCUUCCUGCUUAUUCUUCCAAUAUAAUACACAGCUGGGCCCACCUUACCACAUCUUGGUUGAUACCAACUUUAUCAACUUUUCCAUUAAAGCCAAACUGGACUUAGUGCAGUCAAUGAUGGACUGUCUGUAUGCCAAGUGCAUUCCUUGUAUAACUGACUGUGUAAUGGCUGAAAUUGAGAAAUUGGGGCAGAAGUAUCGAGUGGCCCUCAGGAUUGCCAAGGAUCCAAGAUUUGAACGAUUACCAUGCACACACAAAGGAACCUAUGCAGAUGACUGCUUAGUACAGAGAGUAACUCAGCACAAGUGUUACAUCGUGGCCACAGUUGACCGAGACCUUAAACGAAGAAUCCGAAAAAUCCCUGGAGUUCCCAUCAUGUAUAUUUCUAACCACAGAUACAAUAUUGAACGGAUGCCAGAUGAUUAUGGAGCCCCUCGGUUCUAAUUCUUAUAAGACAAUGUUCCUAUGCCUUUCUUCAACCAACUUUCUCUGUUAACAAUUUGUUAAACAUGAAAUACCAUGGAUUAUUACUCUGUUCACCUGCUUGAUUAUGCCCUGGAUGAUAUGGGUAAAUACACUCACGUUUGGAUGCUAUUUUGAAAAUGAUAUUUUAUCUCAUUGAUGGUCAAAGAUGCAAAAUCUUAUGAAGAAUGCUUUAUUCUUUUUUGAGUCCUGUUGCAGAAUGCAGUAAUUAUAGUUACUAUUAGAGUAAUAUACAUGUCAAAAUUGCUAAGAGUAGAUUUGAAAUGUUCUUACCACAAAAAUGUUAAGUAUUUGAGAUGGUGGAUAUAUUGACUACUUUGAUUUAUUUAUUCCCCAUUGUAUUCAUAGAUUAUAACAUCACUGUGUACUCCAUAAGUUUAUACAAUUAUGAAUUGUUGGUUUACAAUAAAAAUAAAA